GCGCCCAAGCUCUACUUUCCGUCAAGGAAGGAGGAGGAAGAGCGAGUGAAGACGAAGGAUGGUUUCUGGCAGCCAGCGUCAUUGUCAUUCGCUUCGACUCCCACCUAUCGACAUUGCUGCCGUCGAAGCUUAUUUUAUGACAUAUAUUUAUUUUUAGAUAUUUUCGGGAGUCGCGUGUGGAGAAUAAACACGGAAUUUCGCGGACGUGCAGCAUAACGAGCGUCGAGUCCGCGCACCUGCCACGGAGCUGGAGCAUAACAAACGCCUUCUAAAAUGGCUGCGACCCUCCGAGAAAUCCUAUUUUAGUCUUUUUAUCGAUGCUUAUCGAGAGGAGGGCGUUCGUUAUUUGGAUGACGUUCGCACCACCAGCUGUUUUGUUUUGAAAAAAACAUAAACGACUGAGGUCAACAUCAUGUGGGUGAGUCCCGAAGAGGUGUUACUGGCGGGCGCUCUGUGGAUCACGGAGCGGGCGAAUCCUUAUUUCAUCCUCCAGAAGCGGAAGGGCCACGGCGGGGAAGGCGGAGGACUGGCUGGUCUAUUGGUGGGGACCUUAGACGUGGUCCUGGAUUCGAGUGCCCGCGUGGCUCCCUACAGGAUUCUCUACCAAACCCCGGACACUCUCUCCUACUGGAUCAUCGCUCACGGAACGUCGCGUAAAGAGAUCACAGAGCACUGGGAGUGGCUGGAGCACAACAUGCUGCAGACGCUCUCCAUCUUUGAGAAUGAAAAUGACAUCACCACCUUUGUCAAAGGAAAAGUGCAGGGCAUCAUCGCCGAGUACAACAAGAACCACGACGCCAAAGAGGACGACGACACGGACAAGUUCAAGGAGGCCAGCUCCAAGUUCCGCAAGCUGUUCGGCAUGCCGGACGAGGAGAAGCUGGUCAACUACUACUCGUGCAGCUACUGGAAAGGCAAAGUGCCGCGGCAAGGCUGGCUCUACCUCAGCAUCAACCAUCUGUGCUUCUAUUCCUACCUGCUGGGCAAAGAAGUCAAACUGGUGGUGCGCUGGGCCGACAUCACCCAACUGGAGAAGAGCGCCACCCUCCUGCUGCCCGACGGCAUCAAAGUGAGCACGCGCAGCCACGAGCACGUCUUCUCCGUCUUCCUCAACAUCAACGAGACCUUCAAACUGGCCGAGCAGCUGGCCAACAUCGCCAUGCGCCAGCUCCUGGACAACAAGGGCUUCGAGGAGGACCGCUCGCUGCCCAAGCUCAAGAAGAAGUCGCCCAAGAAGGUGUCGGCCCUCAAGAGGGACUUGGAUGCCCGGGCCAAGAGCGAGCGCUACAGAGCGCUCUUUCGUCUGCCCAAAGAUGAAAAACUGGACGGGCACACGGACUGCACCCUGUGGACCCCCUUCAGCAAAAUGCACAUCCUGGGCCAGAUGUUUGUCUCCACCAACUACAUCUGCUUCACCAGCAAGGAGGAGAUGCAGUGCAGCCUCAUUAUUCCCCUCCGCGAGGUGACCAUCGUGGAGAAGGCCGACAGCUCCAACGUGCUCCCCAGUCCCGUUUCCAUCAGCACCAAGAACCGAAUGACAUUCCUGUUUGCCAACCUGAAGGACCGGGACUUCCUGGUCCAGAGGAUCUCCGACUUCCUGCAGCAGACGCCCUCCAAAAGCUGCCUGGACUGGGAGCUCACCGGCAGCCUCAACAGCUCCGACGACGAGGUUUACGGCCCGCCGCUGUCCAGCAGCCCAGAGCACAGCUUGAGGUCGGAGGGCGAGCGCGCCUUCAACCUGAACGACAGCAGCGUGCCCACCGCCUCGCAGGCCCUCAUGACCAUGUACCGACGGCGCUCGCCCGAGGACUUCAAUCCUAAACUGGCUAAGGAGUUCCUGAAGGAGCAAGCCUGGAAGAACCACUUCACCGAGUUCGGCCAGGGUGUGUGCAUGUACCGCACCGAGAAGACCAAAGAUCUGGUCCUCAAAGGCAUCCCCGAGGGCAUGAGAGGAGAUCUCUGGCUCCUCUUCUCUGGGGCCAUCAACGAGAUGGCCACCCAUCCUGGCUAUUACCAAGACCUGGUGGAGCGCUCCAUGGGCAAAUACAACUUGGCCACCGAAGAAAUCGAGCGGGACCUCCACCGCUCCCUGCCGGAGCAUCCCGCCUUCCAGAAUGAGAUCGGCAUCGCCGCCCUCCGCCGUGUCCUCACCGCUUACGCUUUCAGGAACCCCAACAUCGGAUACUGUCAGGCUAUGAAUAUCGUGACGUCGGUGCUGCUCCUCUACGCCAAAGAAGAAGAAGCCUUCUGGUUACUGGUGGCGCUUUGCGAAAGGAUGUUGCCCGACUACUAUAACACCAGGGUUGUAGGAGCUCUGGUGGAUCAAGGCGUCUUUGAGGAGCUGGCCCGCGAGUACGUUCCCGAGCUCUACGACUGCAUGCAGGACCUCGGCGUCAUCUCCACCAUCUCGCUCUCCUGGUUCCUCACGCUCUUCCUCUCGGUCAUGCCGUUCGCGAGCGCCGUGGUGGUGGUGGACUGCUUUUUCUUCGACGGCAUCAAGGUGAUCUUCCAGUUGGCCCUGGCCGUGCUGCACGCCAACAUCCACCAGCUGCUCGGCUGCAAGGACGACGGCGAGGCCAUGACGGUGCUGGGCAGGUACUUGGACAACGUGACCAAUAAGGACAGCACCUUGCCGCCCAUCCAACAUCUGCACUCCUUGUUGACGGACAACGGAGAGCCGCAUCCUGAGGUGGACAUCUUCAAACUGGUCCGCAGCUCUUACGAGAAAUUCGGCUCCAUCCGCGCGGACGUCAUCGAGCAGAUGCGUUUCAAACAGAGGCUGAGGGUCAUCCAGACCAUCGAAGACACAACCAAACGCAACGUGGUCAGAACUAUUGUGACGGAGACGGCCUUCAGCAUCGAAGAGUUGGAGGAACUCUUCGUCCUCUUCAAGGCGGAGCACCUGACCAGCUGCUACUGGGGAGGCUGCAGCAACCCAACGGAGCGCCACGACCCAAGCCUGCCCUACCUGGAGCAGUACCGCAUCGACGUGGAGCAGUUCAAGGGCCUCUUCAAGCUCCUCUUCCCCUGGGCCAACGGCGCCCACUCCGACCCCUUGGCCGUGCGCUUCUUCCGCCUGCUCGACCACAACGGCGACGCCUUCAUCAACUUCCGGGAGUUCAUCAAUGGCCUCGGUGUUCUGUGCCAUGGGGACCUGACGGAGAAAUUGAAGCUCCUCUACAAAAUGCACGUUUUACCCGAGGUGACCAGCGAGCAAGAAGAGCCCGACUCAGCCUUCGAGGCCACUCAGUACUUCUUUGAAGACAUCACCCCGGAAACGUCCAUGGGCCACCGAAGCGAGAAGGACGACGGCUUUGUCGGGGUUACUUUGAAAACGGAAAAAGUGAAGAAGCUGAGCGCUCCCGACUAUCGCUACUACCUAAAGCUGUGGAACCAGGACAGCAAGUCCAAAACGGAGCAUGCCAAGGAUCUCCCGAAGCUCAAUCAGACUCAGUUCAUCGAGCUGUGCAAGACGCUCUACAGCAUGUUCAGCGAGGAUCCCGCCGAGCAGCAGCUCUACCACGCCACCGCCACCGUCACCAGCCUGCUGCUAGAGAUGGGAGAGGUGGGCAAACUUUUCCGCGCCACUCGCCGGGACCACCAACUCGGGGAUCACUCCUCCGAGGAGGACGAGGAGGAGCGUUUGCCAGCCAUGCAGGACAUUAAGCUGGAAGACUCCUCGCCCAAAUCGGCCAUGCUCACCUCGGACGACGAAGCCAAAGACGACACGUCGGUGUCUUCGUACUCGGUCCUGAGCGCCGGCUCGCACGAGCCGGACGACAAGCUGCGCUGCGAAGACAUCGCCGACGACACGGUGCUGGUGAGGAGCGACGGAGGCGACGAGGAUAAGAAGAAGAAGAAAAACGGCCACGCCGAGCCCGGCGUGGACAAGGACUGGGCCAUCACCUUCGAGCAGUUCUUGGCGUCGGUGCUCACCGAGCAGGCGCUGGUGCUUUAUUUCGAGAAGCCCGUCGACGUGUCGGCGCGGAUCACCAACGCCAAGAACGUCUGCAAAGUCGGACGCAAAGCUCUGCUGUCCACCAGCGACUAUGAAAUCUCGCUCUCCGGUUGAGAGGAAGACGCCAUUCUACAGUUUUAGAAGGAAAUUUACUGUACAAGUCUAAAUUCACAGUAAUCCCCCACUAUUGGCGGCGGGAAGGAACUAAGCCCUGCCACCAAUAGCGAAAAAAUCUGCGACUCAUUGAAGCCCCCUAAGAAGGAUUACGUUCGACUAUGAACGUCACAAGCUGGCAUCAAAGCACUACUUUUGUCAAAGCCUCUCAAAAGACUUGAAUCUAGUUGUUGCACGGCGCAAAGAUGCCACGAGAUAGCAACGAUACACUACUUUGCCGAAAAUGAAGCUCCUCCACGCACAUUCAAAGCAACGUUUUUAUUGCUUUCGCCCUAAUUAGGGCAUGAACUGGCCGAUUUAAUCAGCCGAUAUUAGCCGUUUUAAAAUCUGCAAAUUUUGGAUUUUUUUAUAUUUCUUUUGAGAUAGUUUUGUUUUGUUUUUCUGUUUUUUUGCCAAUUGUUUAUUUUUUUUUAAAACUGAUUUUAUUAAUGGCAUUCAAACACCCUCUCCAAACGAUUGGCAAAAAUCACACGUUUUUAUUUUUAUUUUUGCCAAAUGUUUAUUUUUUUUAACACGUUAAAAUAUAAAAUAAAGAUAAUGACAUUAAACUCCCCCCCAUUUUUUUCUCUAUUGUUAAUCUCGACCCUCCCCCCAAAAAAACAAAGUUAAAUCCAUGAAUAACUUCCCACCGAUAUGUGGGCGAUUACUGUAAUGUAAAAUGUAGAUGCAACAUAAUGUAAUCACAAAUCUGACCACUAGAAGUGCUGUCACUAUUUUAUGACCGUUUAUUCCCAACUUUAUUUCAGCCAAGGUACGUCAUUUAUUCUACAUUCAAAAACGAAAAAACUCCUGCACAUCCACCAAACAAAAAUGUCCCAGAAUGUAAACACACUAUAGUCUUGGGCCUGUGUAUUCAAACUCUGCUAUUAUUUUCGUUGCAUGAACGGCAACAGCUGGACUGCAGAAGUGAAUUGUACCAUCUAAUGGAAGAGCAUUUCAAUAUUUUGCCUGUCACUAUACGUCACUCUUUGGAUAGAUGAAAAAAAAAAAGAUUUGUAGGAAAUAAUCACUUUCAGACCAAUGAAGUGGAAGUAAAUCAUUUGGGCACAGUGGUAAGGAAUCCGUCCGGGCUGAUGCAACACAAUUCCUUUGCAUGUCCGUAUGCUGCUCAUUAUUACUUAAUAUCACGUUGUAGUCCUAAAAAAUCCCACGCCAAAAAAAAAAAAGGAUUUUAUCCACUUUAUCCAAGAGGAGACUGCGGGCAAAUGAGACUACAGACAUUGAGAAAAACUCAACCAAAGUGGAGAUUGAGGAGCAGAUCACUGCAACAGACACUGCGGGCAGUGACAAAACUGAAGCGCUGCAGCAAUGUCGAGACUAAGGCGCAGGAGGCACUAAAUGAAAAUGUUUUUUUGUCUUUCCUAGCCAUGCCGCUUUCACGUGCUUGACGAGAUACCUGCAGCGCCAAGCAGAUACGGGAAACAAAGCGAGUGGACCCGAGCGGGUGCCAUGCGGUUGACAAAUAGUGUACGGUUAGUCCACUUCUUCCUAUGAUUCCCGUGAAAGCUGUUUUGUAGAACCGCUGUCUUGAAAAGUGCACAGGAACUAUCGAGUGUUGAGUGUACGAUGACACUAGCGCUGGUGUAUGACACUAUAGUCACUUUACGUGGGGUCUUCAAUCUUAAUAGAAUUCACUCGUGUAUUUUAUUACCUUCCCCACUGCAUGUUUUUUUUUUUAAAGCAAUCUUUUUUGUAUGUUUUUAUGUUGCUGCUUUUUUUUUUUGAUGCACUGAAUAUCACUCCGUCAAAUUAAAAUGAAAAUAAUACUGA